CGGACCGGGCUGUGUGCGGUGAUGGAGGCCACCUCUGCUCAGACGGACUGUCCCAAGGUCCCCGAUCCGAGCUCCACGCCCUGCAGCGGGGUGCGUCGCAUUUCUGCACUGUGCGAUAAGGUCCCUGCUGCAUCCCCACGCCUGGUCCUUUAUCGGAUCAGGUCUGGGGACACUCGGUGUCGCGGGUCCGAGCGGACACUUACUAAAGCUUCCCAACUCCGAUGUGGACGCGGGUGCGGCGCGGGCCACCCCGGCUGGGGACCCUGCGCGGCCCAAUCCCGGAGGUGACACCCGAGCCGAGGGGCGGGGCGGCGCGUGCGCACCAGGGCGCCGCGGGAAGUUGGAGAUCGCCCGGGCCCGGGUCCCGCCGCCGGGGCAUGGGCGCGAUGGCCGAGCUGGCGCGGAGGCUGCGGGAGGCGCUGCGGGAGGAGGAGCCGGUGAGGGCGGGGCCCGGGCUGGGCUGGGAGGGCUGGAAGGUGGCGGCCGGCGGCCCCGGGGCCCCUCUGACCGCCCGUCCGGGCCUCCGUUGCCUCGGGGCCCUGCUGCGCGGAGGCGGGGACCCCAAUGCUCGAUCAGCCGAGGAACUGACGCCGCUGCACGUGGCCGCCGCCUGGGGCUGUCGCCUCGGCCUGGAAUUGUUGCUCAGACAAGGAGCGGACCCCGCGCUGCGCGACCAGGACGGGCUCCGGCCGCUGGACCUGGCCAUGCAACAGGGACACCGAGACUGUGCACGCGUCCUGCAAGAGCUGGAGGCAGUGACCCGGAUCCAGACCCGGACCAGGGCAGAGUCACCGAAGCCGGAGCCCAAGCCUGAGCCUGACUCAGCUCUCUCUGGACCUCCUGAUGGGACACUGGGCUCUACUACACUCCAAAGCCAGCCAGCCAGAGGUGACAACCAGAACACGGACCUGGAGGCUGAUCUGGGACUUCCCAGCCUCCCUGCCUCUCUUGAGGCUGCAAAUGAGUCUCCGGAUAGGCCUCCCGCGUCACCACUCUGGGACUGUAGCUCAGAUGCCUCCUUUGUCACCGCGGUGGAGGUCUCUGAAGCCAGAGACCCAGUGGCAGACCCGGCUGGUAUACAACCCACCCAGACAGUACCCAGAUCUCGGGGUAACCUCCAGGGGGCGCAAGGAGCCAUAACGCCUGGCGGGGAGGCAGAGCUAAGUGCUCGUCUGCAGGGCCUGACUCUGACCUCACCCGUUGCUAAUGGCUUUGAGCUGUCCCCCUCCUGGACGUCUCUGCUGGACGGGAGCCCAGCCUUGAGCCCUCUGCAGGAACCGCGGUCUGAACCCCCCAGGCGACCAGCUAUCCUCCAGACACACGACGAGCAGACGUGCCUGGACAGUGACGCGGCAGCCCUCUGGCUGACGGAGGACGAGGAAAGUUCUUUGGGGGGCAGGGACCCUGUCCCCCCUGUGUGUGAUCUGGAGCGGAUGCAGGGACUCCGAGCACUUGGCGAGAGUCCUGGCCCCGUCACACCUUUGACUUGGCGCCACCACCUGCAGCGGCUCCAGGAAGCGCAGGCGGCUUCUGUCCCAGACUUUGCAGGGCGCAGCCCGGAACUGGCUGAGGCCCUGAGGACCGGCCGGAUCCCAGACGCCCAGGGAGAUGAGGACGCCCUGGCCCGGCAAUUUGAGCGGCCGGAUCCCACCAGGAGGUGGCGCGAGGGGGUCGUGAAGUCCAGCUUCACAUAUCUGCUCCUGGACCCCAGGGAGACUCAGGACCUGCCGGCCCGUGCCUUUGCACUGACCCCAGCUGAGCGCCUUCAGAUGUUCGUCCGAGCCAUCUUCUACGUGGGCAAGGGGACGCGGUCCCGGCCGGAUUUCCACCUCUGGGAGGCCCUUGGCCGCCGUGGGCAGCCAGGAAAACAGGUCUGCCCCAAGGUGCGUCGGAUCUUGGACAUCUGGGCCAGCGGCCGCGGCGUGGUCUCCUUGCACUGUUUCCAGCACGUGGUGGCGGUAGAGGCGUAUACUCGGGAAGCGUGUCUGGUGGAUGCGCUAGGGAUCCGGACGCUGACCAACCAGAAGCAAGGUCACUAUUACGGUGUGGCGGCGGGCUGGCCACCCCCUCCCCGCCGCCGCUUGGGGGUGCACCUGCUGCAUCGGGCCCUUCUUGUCUUCCUGGCUGAGGGCCAGCGAGAAUUACGACCCCAGGACAUCCAGGCCCGUGGCUGAGUUCUGCAGAACCGAACUUCCCACCCGGAUAGAGAUCCGGGUGCUUGAAUGCCCCAGCUGCCCCGAGCGGAGAGCAGCCCCCAUCUCUGGCUUCAGACGGCAGGUGUAUGUGUGUGUGUG